ACAUGUUUGUAUUUAGAUUUAAAAGAAAAUAUUUUUAAUGUUUUUAUAAAAUCAUUUUUACUUUUCUAUAAAAUCCUAAUGGACUCAACGUAAACUUACUUUUCUUAUGAAAAGAUCGUAAAUGUGAGAAUUUAAUUUCACGUUUGUAUUUUUGUUUCUGGUGAAAAUCAGAAAAAUUAAAGGAACAGUUCGUGUUUUUCUUCAGCCUAAAGCUGCGGUGUGGAAUCAUAGGAGAUGUAGUUAAAGAGACGACAAUGACGGACUACAUUACCCAUCAGCCUUAGGACCAACAGCAGAGGUCAAAGGUCGGUUGUUGUGGCUGAAGUGACGUCAUCGGAGCUGAAGAAUCGGAUGCGUUUUUGUUUUUUUUUACGUGGUGGAUGUUUGACAUCGUGUUAGCGUUAGCGUGCUAACAUGUCGGAUAAGACGGCGCCGCGCUGUCAGCUGAGGCUGGAGUGGAUUCAUGGCUACAGAGGUCACCAGUGUCGCAACAACCUCUACUACACUGCCGGGAAGGAGGUGGUGUACUUUGUGGCUGGGGUGGGCGUGGUCUACAACACCCGAGACCACACCCAGAAGUUCUACCUGGGACACAACGAUGACAUCAUCAGUUUGGCGCUUCAUCCCGAUAAGAUCCAGGUGGCGACGGGUCAGGUGGGGAAGGACCCGUUCAUCUGUGUGUGGGACACGUAUGCCGUGCAGACGGCGUCCAUCCUGCGGGACGUCCACACGCACGGUGUCGCCUGCCUCGCCUUCGACUCUGAUGGACAGCGUCUGGUUUCUGUCGGUUUGGACGCAAAAAACACAGUGUGUGUUUGGGACUGGAGGAGAGGACGAGUCAUCGCCACGGCAACCGGACACUCAGACAGAAUAUUUGACGUGACCUGGGAUCCGCUCCAGUCAAGUCGUCUCGUCAGCUGCGGGGUCAAACACAUCAAGUUCUGGACUCUCUGUGGAAACGCUCUGACUCCUAAACGAGGGAUUUUUGGGAAGACGGGCGACUUGCAGACCAUCCUGUGCGUGGCUGCCGCCAAAGAUGAGCUGACAUAUUCUGGAGCGCUGAACGGAGAUGUUUACGUGUGGAGAGGAAUCACGCUGGUCAGGACCGUCCAGGCAGCACAUGGAGCCGGGAUCUUCAGCAUGCACGCCUGUGAGGAAGGAUUCGCCACCGGAGGGCGCGACGGCUGCAUCCGACUGUGGGACGUCGACUUCAAACCCAUCACCAAGAUCGACCUGAGAGAAGCUGAGCAGGGAUACAAAGGUCUUUCUAUCCGCAGUGUUUGCUGGAAGGCCGACCGGAUCCUGGCAGGAACUCAGGACAGCGAGAUCUUUGAGGUGAUGGUCCGAGAUCGCGACAAACCAGUUUUGCUGAUGCAGGGUCACAGUGAGGGCGAGCUGUGGGCACUUGACCUGCAUCCCAAACAGCCGGUCGCCGUCACUGGGAGCGACGACCGCUCUGUCAGGUUGUGGAGUCUUCCGGAUCACACCCUGCUGGCUCGCUGUAACAUGGAGGAAUCUGUCCGAAGUGUUUCCUUCAACAAUGACGGUUCUCAGCUCGCACUGGGUAUGAAGGACGGAUCCUUCACCGUGCUGCGUGUCAGGGACAUGACCGAGGUGGUCCACAUCAAGGACAGGAAGGAGGUGAUCCACGAGCUCAAGUUCUCUCCAGACGGCUCCUUCCUGGCUGUGGGAUCAAACGACGGCCUGGUGGAUGUUUACGCCGUUGCCCAGCGCUACAAGAAAGUGGGCGAGUGUAGCCGCUCCACCUCCUUCAUCACUCACCUGGACUGGUCAGUCGACAGUCGCUUCCUGCAGACCAAUGAUGGCGCUGGAGAGCGGCUCUUCUACAGGAUGCCAGCUGGGAAGCUGGUUCCUAAAGACGAAUCGAAGGGGAUUCACUGGAUGACGUGGACGGGCGUUGUUGGAGCCGAGGUGAACGGCAUCUGGCCCAAGUACUCCAACAUGACCAACGUGAACUCUGUCGAUGCUAACUACAGCAGCGCCGUGUUGGUGAGCGGAGACGAGCUCGGCUUCGUCAAACUCUUCCGGUUUCCCUGCCUGAAGAAAGGAGCCAAAUUCAAGAAGUACAUCGGUCACUCUGCCCAUGUCACCAAUGUCCGCUGGUCCAAUGACCUGCAGUGGGUGGUCAGCACGGGCGGAGCCGACCACGCGGUCUUUCAGUGGAGAUUCCUGCCUGAAGGUGUCAUGAAUGGCGUGUUGGAGCCCCUCCUCCAAGAAGGUUAUGCCGACUCCAACAGUGGAGAGUCGGACUCUGACGUGUCGGACGUCCCGGAGCUGGACUCGGACAUCGAACAGGAAGCUCAGAUGACCUACGAACGUCAGGUUUAUAAGGAGGACUUGCCUCAGCUCAGGAAGAAGCUGAUUGGUUCUCUGAAGCGGCAGAGAGCUCCGGAGGAGGGGCUUCGUCUGCAGUUCGUUCACGGGUAUCGCGGCUUCGACUGUCGUAACAACCUGUUCUACACUCAGACGGGUGAGGUCGUGUACCACGUCGCCGCCGUCGUCAUCGUCUACAACCGACUGCAGCACAGUCAGAGGUUCUACCUCGGUCACGACGACGACAUCCUCAGCCUCGCUGUCCACCCGCUCAAAGACUACGUGGCCUCCGCUCAGGUGGGCAGAGACCCAGCUGUCCACGUGUGGGACAUCCAGACUCUGAAGUGUCUGUCUCUGCUGAAGGGACACCACAGCAAAGGAGUUUGUGCUCUGGACUUCACAGCCGACGGAAAAAGUUUGAUUUCAGUCGGAAUCGACGAGUUUCACUCCAUCGUGAUCUGGGACUGGAAGAAAGGAGAGAGACUGGCCAAGGCCAGGGGCCACAAAGACAAGAUCUUGGUGGUGAGGAGUAAUCCAUUCAGGAUGGACAAACUGGUCUCUGUGGGCAUGAAACACAUCAAGUUCUGGCAACAUUCAGGGGGCGGUCUGACAUUCAAACGUGGGAUAUUCGGGAAUCUUGGGAAACAGGAGACCAUGAUGUCGGCGUGUUACGGUCGAUCUGAGGACCUCGUUUUCUCUGGAGCCACAAACGGAGACGUUUACAUUUGGAGAGACACAACGCUCAUCAAGACCAUCAAAGCCCACGACGGCCCUGUGUUCGCCAUGUGCUCCCUCGACAAGGGUUUUGUGACCGGGGGGAAGGACGGUAUCGUGGAACUGUGGGACGACAUGUUUGAGCGAUGUUUGAAAACCUAUGCCAUCAAGAGGGCGGCGCUGUCUGCGUCAUCUAAAGGUCUGCUGCUGGAGGACAACCCAUCCAUCAGAGCCAUCACUCUGGGACACGGCCACAUCCUGCUGGGGACAAAGAACGGAGAAAUCCUGGAGAUCGACAAGAGUGGUUCCAUGACCCUGCUGGUCCAGGGUCAUAUGGAAGGUGAGGUUUGGGGGUUGGCUGCUCAUCCUCUACUUCCUGUCUGCGCCACAGUCAGCGACGAUAAAACUCUGAGGAUCUGGGAACUCUCAGCCAAUCACCGCAUGGUUGCCGUUCGCAAACUCAAGAAAGGUGGGAGGUGCUGUGCCUUCUCUCCUGACGGUAAAGCGCUGGCAGUCGGUCUGAACGACGGCAGCUUCCUGGUUGUGAACGCGGACACUCUCGAGGACAUGGUCACCUUCCAUCACCGCAGAGAGCUCAUUUCUGACAUCCGAUUCUCCCAAGAUGCAGGGAAAUACUUGGCCGUCGCGUCCCAUGAUUCCUUCGUGGACAUUUAUAAUGUCCUGACCAGUAAGAGAGUUGGCAUCUGUAAAGGCGCCGGCAGCUACAUCACCCACAUCGACUGGGACUCGAGAGGUAAACUUCUGCAGGUGAACACCGGAGCUAAAGAGCAACUGUUCUUUGAGGCACCACGAGGACGUAAACAGAACAUCAGUGUGGCCGAGUUUGAAAAGCUGGAGUGGGCGAGCUGGACCUCAGUUCUAGGUCCAACCUGUGAGGGAAUAUGGCCCACACUAAGCUUUGUCAAUGCUGCCUCUCUCACCAAAGAUCGUAAACUGCUCGCCACUGGAGAUGAUUUCGGCUUCCUCAAACUGUUCAGCUUCCCCUCCAGAGGACAGUUUACCAAGUUUAAGAAGUACGUGGGUCACAGCACCAAUGUGACGAACAUCCGCUGGUCCAAUGAUGAUUCUGUGCUGUUGUCAGUGGGUGGGGCUGACACAGCUCUGAUGAUCUGGACACGAGAGCCACCGGGUCACAAAGAGAGUAAAGCUGUGGACAGCGAGGAAUCGGAUGAUGACACUGAGGAGGAUGGAGGUUAUGAUAGCGAUGUAGCCCGAGAGAAAGCAGUGGAUUACGUCACCAAGAUCUACUCGUCCAGCAUCAGGAACAUGUCAGGAACCAAACCUCACCUGCAGCACAAAGAACUCCCUGUGGAUGAGAGGCCUCCAGUGAGUCGAGCCGCGCCGCUGCCAGACAAACUUCUGAAGAACAACGUCACCAAGAAGAAGAAAGUGGUGGAGGAACUGGUCCUGGAGCAUGUUUUCGGCUACAGGGGAUUCGACUGUCGCAACAACCUGCAUUACCUCAAUGACGGUGCUGAUAUCGUCUUCCACACCGCCGCCACAGUGGUCGUUCAGAACCUGUCCACCGGAACUCAGAGUUUCUACCUGGAACAUACAGACGACAUCCUCUGUCUGACCGUCAAUCAACACCCGAAAUAUCAAAACAUCAUUGCCACCGGACAGAUCGGUGACAUCAGUGAGCUGCCAGAGGCUGAAGUAUCAGGCCUCGCCCCGUCCAUCCACGUGUGGGAUGCCAUGACAAAGCAGACGCUGUCCAUCCUCCGCUGUUCCCACGCCAAAGGCGUCGGUUACGUGAACUUCAGUGCCACGGGAAAGCUGCUGCUGUCUGUGGGAGUGGAACCUGAACACACCAUCACUGUGUGGAGGUGGCAGGAAGGCACCAAGGUGACGAGUAAAGGCGGCCACGCUGAGCGGAUCUUUGUGGUGGAGUUCAGACCAGACUCUGACACUCAGUUUGUGUCUGUGGGAAUCAAACACAUCAAGUUCUGGACUUUGGUUGGAGGCUCGCUCCUGUACAAGAAGGGUGUGAUAGGCAUGGUGGAGGACGGACGCAUGCAGACCAUGCUCUCUGUGGCCUUUGGUGCUAACAACCUGACCUUCACUGGAGCCAUAAACGGAGACGUGUACGUGUGGAGGGAGCACUUCCUGGUGCGCGUGGUGGCGAAGGCGCACAGCGGCCCGGUCUGCACCAUGUACACCACGCUGAGGGACGGACUCAUCGUCACAGGAGGGAAGGAGCGACCGACUAAAGAGGGCGGAGCCGUGAAGCUUUGGGACCAGGAGAUGAAGCGUUGUCGAGCGUUCCAGCUGGAGACGGGUCAGCCGGUGGAGAACGUCCGAUCGGUCUGCAGAGGGAAGGGUAAAAUCCUGGUGGGAACCAAAGACGGAGAGAUCAUUGAGGUCGGAGAGAAGAAUGCCGCCUCCAACACCAUGAUCAACGGACACACUCAGGGAGGAAUCUGGGGUUUGGCCAUGCACCCUUUCAAAGACGUCUUCAUCUCAGCCAGUGACGACGGAACCAUCAGAAUAUGGGAUCUGGCCGACAAGAAACUCCUGAACAAAGUGAGUCUGGGUCAUCCUGCCAAGUGCGCCUCCUACAGCCCUAACGGAGAAAUGGUUUCUAUUGGCACAGAGAACGGAGAGUUCAUCGUCCUGCUCGUCAACUCGCUCACGGUGUGGGGCAAGAAGAGAGACCGCAGCGUCUCCAUCCAGGACAUCAGGUUCAGUCCCGAUAACCGGUUCCUGGCCGUGGGUUCAGUUGAGAGUGCAGUAGAUUUUUAUGACCUGACUUUGGGACCUUCCUUGAACCGGAUCGGAUACUGUAAGGACAUCCCUGGCUUCGUCCUCCAGGUGGACUUCUCUGCUGACAGCAGACACAUCCAGGUGUCCACCAGCUCGUACGCUCGGCAGGUUCAUGAAGUUCCGUCUGGGAAGAUCGUAACGGAGCAGCCACUCAUUGAGAGGAUCACCUGGGCGACAUGGACCAGCAUCCUGGGCGAUGAGGUUGUCGGCGUUUGGCCUCGUAACGCAGAAAAAGCCGACGUAAACUGCGCUUGUGUUUCUCACGCCGGCAUCAGCCUGGUGACAGGAGACGACUUCGGACUCAUCAAGCUCUUCGAUUUCCCCUGUUCCGAAAAAUUUGCGAAACACAAACGUUACUUUGGUCACUCUGCUCAUGUGACCAACGUUCGCUUCUCCUGUGACGAUAAGUUUGUGGUCAGCGCCGGCGGCAGCGACUGCAGUUUAUUUGUGUGGAAGUGUCAGUGAGCGCCCCCUAAGGCAAGGCUGCACCUGCGUCCUGCACACAGGAAGUACAAGCGUCUCUGAGCCUGGGUUCAGCACUGCGACCUCUGUUGUUGUACAUUGAGAAGCUUUUAUUGUGAAAGUGUGGAGGUGUUUGACGUAGCCGUGUUUGUUUGUUUGUUUGUUUGUUUGUUUGUUUGUCGGAAUGUGCCUUUUCUCACAAACUCUGACCAAACAUUUGAUACAACUUUAUUUAUAACUGUGGUGCUAAACAGACUCAUGGGGGCGUUUAUGUUUACAAAAGACAAACAUGUUUAUUUAUUUAUAUGCCUGUGUGAUGAAGAUGAUGAAGAUGAUGAUGAUGAUGAAGAGUAUAAAGUAGAAAACAUAAACAUGGAUCUUUGUUUGAUCCCAGUUAUUCAAACUAAAAAUAAAAAUGUUUCUACCUCAAAAACAAAGUGAGUUCUAAUAUAAAUAAAUAAAUGAUAUUUAAGGUAGAAUUAAUUCUAAAUGUAAAUGAGCUGAACACUCUUCUGUCCACUGGGUGGCGCUGUGUCUUCUCUCUGUAUUUGCUGUAGAAAUAAAAGUCAACUUGAAUCAUGUGACUUUCUCAUGCACACGUUCACCACUAGAUGUCACUAAAUCUUACACACUGGCGCUUUACAUUUUCU